AUGGCGGACGAGCCAGUGCGAGAAUGGAGUGAAGAGCAGCUCAAAAGUGACGAUUUACCUAAGAAAGACCUGAUAAAGUUCUUACAGGACAAUGCGGCGCACUCGUUCCUCAACGAGCACAAACUGCUGGGAAACAUCAAGAAUGUGGCCAAAACGGCUAAAAAGGAGCAGCUCGUUGUUGCCUACAACCAGCUGUUUGUAAGCAAAAGGUUUAAAGGCACGGAACCGGUGGAAGAAGUGACAAAGCAGGUGAAAGCUGUCAAAAUCGACGAGAAACCCAAAGAGGUCAAGGCAGAAGUUGUGGAUGAGGGUCCGCCCAAGUUUAUUAAAUCAACGCUGAAGAAAGGUGACAAGACAAACUUCCCCAAAAAAGGUGACACUGUGAGCUGCUGGUAUACAGGAACACUGGAGGACGGGACAGUCUUUGACACCAACAUUCCCUCAGUGGCCAGAAAGAAAAAGCAAACCAAGCCGCUGAGCUUUAAAGUUGGCAUGGGCAAAGUCAUCCGAGGGUGGGAUGAGGGCCUUUUGACAAUGAGCAAAGGAGAGACUGCACGCCUGGAGAUCGAAUCUGAGUGGGGGUACGGGAAGAAGGGCCUUCCUGAUGCCAAAAUUCCACCCAAUGCCAAGCUUAUCUUUGAGGUGGAGCUCGUGUCCAUCGACUAA